AUGUUGGAAAUGAUUAAUAAAAUUAAAAAAAUUAAUAGAGAAGAAGCCGAAAAAAGUAAAAAAGAGGAAGUUAAUAAUUUAAAAAAUAAUUUUAGAUUAAAUAAAUUUACAAAAACUACUAAUCAACCUGUUAUAACAACAACAGCACCAAAAAUAUUAUUUACAACAAAAAUUCUCAAAAAUUUAAUUCCAAACAAAAAUUUAACAGAAACAACAAAAACAACACAAAAAUAUAAAAUACUACCAACAACAACAACAACAAAAACAACAACAGAAUUUUAUACAAUUCAACAACCCCCAACAACAAAAAAUAAUUAUUUAAUUCCUUUUCAACAAAAACCUAAAACAUUUGGAAUAACUCAACAAAGAGUUGUUUGCCCUCCAUUAGAUAUUUUAUUUAUUGUCGAUUCAAGUGGGUCUGUUCACAAAAUUUAUGAAACACAAAAAGAAUGGUUACAACAUUUAUUAGAAAAUAUUGAAUUAAAUGAUGAUUUAAAUGAAAAUAAAAUAAAUUUAAAUCAAUUAUGUGGACAUCGAGUAGCUUUAAUUCAAUUUGCCAGUUCUGAUUUACAGAAAAUUGAAUGGGAAUGGGAUCAUUUUAGAAAAAAUUGGCAAAUGAUGGAAAAUUUUCAUAAAAACGUUAGACAUAUAACUGGAACAACAUAUAUUGGUCAAGCACUUAAACAAGCACUUAAAUUAUUGGAAGAACGUAGACGACAGGAUGAUGCAAUUAAGCAGGCAGAGGCUAUUAGAAAUUUACCUAAUUUACAAUUUUAUGCAUUAAGUAUUGGGCAACUUAGUAAUAUUGAACUACUUCAUCGACUUGUUGAUAAUCCCUCACAUGUAUUUAUUGGAAAUGAAGCCUCAGAAUUAUUAAGGUCCCAACUUUUGAGAAGAAUUAGGUGUAACUAA